UCUUGUAAAUCGUUUCAUUGUUAACAUAUAUUUAUUGUUGUUGUGUGCCACCAUGGCUUCUUUAUUCAAGAAGAAAACGGUAGAUGAUGUCAUCAGGGAACAGAACAAAGAGCUGAGGGGAACGCAGAGACAAAUCGCCAGAGAUAGAAACGCUUUAGAGAAACAAGAGAAACAAUUGGAAAUGGAGAUAAAGAAGAUGGCCAAAGCAGGGAAUAGAGAUGCCUGUAAAAUUUUGGCCAAGCAGCUUGUACAACUUAGGAAACAGAAGAACCGCACUUACGCUGUUAGCUCAAAGGUCACGUCAAUGUCCACACAAACCAAGCUCAUGAACUCUCAGAUGAAGAUGGCAGGGGCCAUGGCUAAAACCACCAAGACGAUGCAGGCCGUCAAUAAAAAGAUGGAUCCGCAGAAGACAAUGCAGACGUUGCAGAACUUCCAAAAGGAGACGGCCAAGAUGGACAUGACAGAGGAAAUGAUGAACGACACGUUGGAUGAGAUCUUUGAUGACUCUGGGGACGAGGAGGAAUCUCAGGACAUUGUGAACCAGGUGCUGGAUGAGAUCGGCAUCGAAAUCUCGGGAAAGAUGGCAAGUGCCCCCUCCGCCAGCAGAAAGAACCCGGUCGCCACUACCUCCAAAGCAGAUGGGAUCUCCGACGAAGAGAUUGAGAGACAACUCAAAGCGCUCGGAGUGGACUAACACACAUGCAUGUGCACACGUGUUCUCACACUCCUUCUCUUACUCCCACACACGCACA